AGCCUGGAGCCGCGCGGACCCGCCCUGCCCGCUCUGAAGGUCCGCUCCAGUGUCCCCACGCGAGCGGAAGGCGAUUUGUUUUAUUUUCCCUGUGCUCCAGUAGCACUUUUCACACCUGAAACAUGAACCUUGUCACGGAGUUUUGUGAUCCUGCCCUUCAGGAGGGGAAAAUAAGCGCAUCCAAUGAACUUGACGGUUUAUGUGAAAUCCUAGCGGGAAAGGGCCACGUCUUUCUUUCCUCGUGUAUCCAGCGUCCAGCGCUCAGCUUGGCGCUCUCCGAGGUGUCCUGAACGCAUCACAAUAGAAAUGGCUAAAGAAAUGGACACAGGAAUGGAUGAGGGAAACGAAGAAUGGAGAAACCGAGAAAGGAACGAAGACGGGCCGGAGCCCGGAGGGGGCUGGACGCGCGCGGCCCCGCCGCCCGGGGGCGGUGUGGAGGGCGCGCGGGCAGACCCGGCCUCUGCAGAAGGCGCUGCUCCGCAGUCCUGCCGCCCGGUGAACACGCGGGAGGCGGAGUGGAGGGACCGCGCGGGGCACCGGAGACCCGAGCGUGGGAGCCCGGGGCGGCCGAGGCAGGUGCAGUGUCCCACCCUUGACCUCUGGCUGCUGCGGCUCCGGGGCCGCACCACGUCUGGCGGAGCGGAGGCGCUAGACCUGCCCGUGAGGAUCUCAGCCGCAGACCUGUCCUGGGAGCCGCGCCGCAGCAACGCGAUGGCUCAUCUUGAUGCUGAUGUGAAAGAAGAAUGUCUGAGGGAAGACCUGAAGUUCUACUUCAUGAAUCCGUGUGAAAAAUUCCGAGCCAGACACCAGAUCCCAUGGAAACUGGGUCUCCAGAUUUUGAAGGUAGUCAUGGUUACCACCCAGCUUGUUCGUUUUGGUUUAAGUAACCAGCUCGUGGUUGCUUUCAAGGAAGAAAACACUGUCGCUUUUAAGUACUUGUUUUUGAAAGGAUAUUCUGGCGUAGACGAAGAUAACUACAGUUGCAGUGUAUACACUCAAGAGGAUGCCUAUGAGAGCAUAUUUUAUGCUAUUAAUCAGUACCAUCGUCUAAAGAACAUAUCCCUGGGGACCCUGAGCUAUGGAGAAAAUGAAGAAAACAGAAUUGGCCUAAAAGUCUGUAAGCAGCACUACAAGACAGGGACCAUGUUUCCUUCUAACGAGACACUGAAUAUUGACAGCAACAUUGAAGCAGACUGCCUUCUCUUGGACCUCCAGGCCUUCUCCAAGAACCCUCCGGGCUGGAGGAACUCAUCAUUCUUCAGACUGGAGUUUUAUAGGCUCUUGCAAGUUGAAAUCUCCUUUCACCUCAAAGGCAUCGACCUGCAGACGAUUCUGUCCCGAGAGUUACCAGACUGUUAUGACUUUCAGAAUACGAUCACCUUCGACAACAAAGCUCACAGCGGCAAAAUCAAAAUCUAUUUUGACAGCAAUGCUAACAUUGAAGAAUGUAAAGACUUAACCAUAUCUGGAUCUGUUCAGAAGAAUACUCAGUAUGUACUGGCAUUUGAUGCGUUUGUCAUUGUGAUUUGCUUGGCUUCUCUGAUUCUGUGCACAAGAUCCAUCUUCCUUGCUCUAAGUUUACGCAAGAGAUUUGUAAAUUUCUUCCUGGAGAAGUACAAGCGGCAUGUGUGUAGCGCUGACAAGUGGGAGUUCGUCAACGGGUGGUACAUCCUGGUGAUUAUCAGCGACCUAAUGACAGUGAUUGGAUCCAUCCUGAAAAUGGAAAUUCAAGUCAAGAACCUCACAAAUUAUGACCUGUGCAGCAUUUUGCUUGGAACAUCCACACUUCUCGUCUGGGUUGGAGUCAUCAGAUACCUGGGUUACUUCCAAAAAUAUAAUGUGCUCAUCUUGACGAUGCAAGCCUCACUGCCGAAAGUCCUUCGCUUCUGCGCCUGCGCUGGGAUGAUUUACCUGGGCUACACCUUCUGUGGCUGGAUUGUCUUAGGCCCAUAUCACAAUAAGUUUGUAGGUCUGAAUACUGUUUCCGAGUGUCUGUUCUCUCUGGUCAACGGUGAUGAUAUGUUUGCAACCUUUGCUCAGAUCCAGCAGAAGAGCAUCUUCGUGUGGCUGUUCAGUCGCCUGUAUUUAUAUUCCUUCAUCAGCCUUUUCAUAUAUAUGAUCCUCAGCCUCUUCAUUGCUCUUAUUACAGAUUCUUAUGACACCAUUAAGAAAUUCCAACAGAAUGGGUUUCCCGUGACGGACCUGCAGGCAUUCCUGAAGGAGCGUGGCCGCCGGGGGCAGUGCCGGCGGGAGCCCUCAGCCCUCCUGUGCCGCACCUGCCGUCGGAGGAGCGUGUGGUGCAGACGACCCGUCCCCCGAGGCUGCACGGCCUGGGCUGGAGACGCCUGCCAGCAACUCCUCGUGCACCAACCGCGCGUCACUCCCUCUUCUUCAGGACACUUAAGAAAACAGUCUAGACCAGCGCUGUUCAGUGUGUUGCAUCUCAUAGCCCACAGAAACGAAGUACUGAAGUUCUGCAGCACACCAAAAAUAUUUUGUAUUUUUUGCUGAUAUGACAAAAAAAAAGUAUAAUUUUGAUUCAUUCACACCAGGUGGCUGUUGUUGUGUUGGCUGUUGUCAUUUUUUACUUGACCAUCUAAGGGAAAAGAGGUCAGUGCCCCUGACUGAGUGGUCAGGUACUGCAUGUUUUACAAAUCCCUGUGGCACCUCAGUGGCGAAGUCUAGUGGUUUGGGGCCUAGAGUGGGGGUCAGAUGAGGACAGUAUUUUUUAUCCUCACCCAAGGACAUUGGUUUUUGUUGCUUUCAGAGAGAGAAAUGAACACACACACACACACACACACACACACACACACACUGAGAGAAACAUUGAUGAGCUGCUUUCUUAAAUGGGCCCCAACCAGAGAUGGAACUCGGGUUUGUGCCGGGACUGGGAAUCAAACCCUGGGCCUUUCGGUCCAUGAGACGAUGCUCCAACCAACUGAGCCUCUCCAGCCAGUGAGGUUAGUAGUUUUACCUGUACCCAUGUUUGUUUCCAUCUCUAGUCAGGGUAGCAGUUGUUAACUCAGAGUAUCUCCUACCCGUGUGUUUGGAGAAAAGAUUUUCUAAUGCAGAUUUCUGAAGGAAGACGGGGGAACAUGAUUGCAGCUUAAAACCACAGGAUGUAUUUCCCACUAAUCAGUUCCUACCCCGUCUUCGGAUUUGAAAUGAUAUGACUGAAGCCUUUCCAAAGACUGUCUGGCAACUAUGGAAUGAGGUCUUCUGAGAAGAGUUAAGUUUUUAAAGUCACAUUUUAUCCUCUCAGAGCAUUAAGUUGUUACCAUGGAAACUGGGAAUAAAGGGAAAUUAAUUUUUUUAAUAGGCAGCUGCUUCCUAAGAGGCACCUUGUUUAAGGAAAGUCUUUCAAAGUUGCUUUUCUAAUAUGAAGUUAACCAUAAACAAAAAAAAUCAUCUUAGAAUGUAGUUGUGAAUUCUGGAAAGUUACUGAUAGGUUUUGUGUGUUUGAUUUUUUAGCCCUUGGUUUGCACCAUAAAAAGCCCCAGGAGUUUGUUACAUGUUUCCCAGUGCAGCCAUGUAGUGUGAGUAAAAGAUGUGAGGGGCGGACUUGAAGACUAGCCAUGUGGUUGGUCUGAGCGGCGGGGACCGCUGUCAGCGGACAGUUGGCGCUGAGACGCAUGCGCUACGUGCGGGUUGUUGAGAAGAUGCCUGGUGCAAAAGGACGGCCCGGCCCAUCUCUGAUGAAGGAAUUAGAUAGGGCAGGAGAGUCCAUUAAGGGAAAUCACCUGAAAAAUGGGGAUGCUGAAAGUUUUGAAAAAAGAGGCUAUAAAAAAAAAAAACAAGUGGCUAUUACCUGAGGUGGUCGUUCGUGAAAUCAGCUAGAACAGUUUUAGCUGAACACUCCUAUCAAAGCCUGGAUCUAGGGGGGUUUGAUGGACCCUGCAGAGAGUAAAUGAAGAUCGUAGGGCAUGAGGAAGGAACUGGAUUGUACUGGGCCUUCAGAACAAGUGAUGGCUUCGACUUUAUCAAAAAUUAAAUACCACUUGGGUGGCUGGGUGCCUUGGCUGGCGGGAGCACUAUCUCAUACACCGAGAGGCUACUGGUUCGAUCCCUGGUCGGAGCGCGUACGGGAGGCAACUGAUCAGUGUUUCUUUCUCAUAUCAUUGUUCCCCUCUCUCUACCCCUUCCUCUUCCCUAAAAUCAAUAAACAUAUCCUCAGGGGAGGAUUAGAAAAUUAGGUACACCUGCAUGUGUUUAAAGGCUAGGAGCCAAAGAAUGGAGCAGGAAUUGAGGAAGGGUCUGAAUGAAGAGUAGCUGUUGGAGAAAGCCCUCCCUGAGGAGCCUGGGGAUUAGGAAGGGCCUCCCGUCCAGGACUGUGAGAACCGUGACGGGCAGCCCUGGUUGUCACAGCUCUGCCCCCUCCUCACUCUUUCCCCGGGCAGCCCAGCUGAUCCUCCCACCACAGACUGAUCCUCCCUCCAACUACCAACAGAGCCUCCAGCCUGCUCACCAGAACACCUGGGCUUUGUUUUGGACCCUGCCAGUUACCCACCGUGUCCCACCACCUCUCCCAAACCUCUCGGUUCCUCGGUGUCAUCAGGAUGAGCAGAUGACCUCUGACACCCUUCCAGCUCUCCUGCAACGUGGUUCUCAGGAAGGAUGUGCUCAGCUGAGCAGAUGCAGAGUUUACCUUUCCCCUUCUCUCCUGCAGCGGAGGACAGUCUGCUAUUCUAGGCAUUAGGAAGGCCCCGUCAAAGGAGGGAGAUGCAGGGUCCCAGAGAGGCGGGCAGCUCCUCGAAGUUGCCGAAAGCAUCUGCUCAAACCAAAAAUAGUGCAAAGUGGCUUUCUUAAUUUUUUGCUUUUUAACGUUUCACUUAGCAUGUUGAUAACCUACAUACACCUAGAAUAUGGAGUGUUCCUAUUCCUUGUCAAAGAUUUUUGAGUCAUUGUUCUCUUUUCUCUUUCCUCCUCCCCUUUUCUG